AUGGGAGGAUAUGCACCACCGCAUAGUAGCUGGAAAGGAGAUUUGAAUAUAUCUUACAACGUUGGUCCUGGUUUCACAACAAAUUAUUCUACAAGAAAGGUGAAAAUGCACAUUCAUAGCCACAAUGAAAUAACAAGGAUUUACAAUGUGAUUGGUACCAUCAGAGGCACAGUGGAACCAGACAGAUAUGUCAUCCUGGGAGGCCACCGUGACUCUUGGGUAUUUGGUGGCAUUGAUCCUCAGAGUGGGGCAGCUGUGGUUCAUGAGAUUGUGAGGAGCUUUGGAAAACUGAAAAGGAAAGGAUGGAGCCCCAGGAGAACAGUGGUAUUUGCAAGCUGGGAUGCAGAGGAAUUUGGCUUGUUAGGAUCGACAGAGUGGGCUGAGGAAAAUGCCAAAGUGUUGCAAGCACGAGGAGUGGCUUACAUCAAUGCAGAUUCCUCCAUUGAAGGAAACUACACGCUACGAGUGGAUUGCACACCACUGAUGUACAGACUAGUGUACAGUCUGACUAAAGAGAUACCAAGUCCUGAUGAGGGGUUUGAAGGAAAAUCUCUUUAUGAGAGCUGGUAUAAAAAAAAUCCAUCAAGAGAAUAUAAAGAGGUCCCCAGAAUAAAUAAACUGGGUUCUGGCAAUGACUUUGAAGUCUUUUUUCAACGUCUUGGCAUCGCUUCAGGCAGAGCACGUUACAGUAAAAACUGGAAUGUAGAAAAAUAUAGCAGCUAUCCAGUUUACCACAGUGUUUAUGAAACCUAUGAAAUUGUGGAGAGGUUUUAUGAUCCCACUUUCAAGAACCAUCUGACGGUAGCUCAGGUACGGGGAGGGCUGGUGUUUGAAUUGGCCAACUCCGUUGUGCUUCCUUUUGACUGUAGAGAUUAUGCAUCAGCUGUGAGCAACUAUGCUCACAUCAUCUAUAAUUUGUCAAAGAAUCAUGAAGAGGAACUGGCAACAUACAAUGUGUCCUUUGAUGCUCUCUUUUCAGCUGUGAAGAAUUUUACAGAAGUUGCUGCUAGCUUUCAUGAGAGACUGGAACAAAUAGAUAUCAAUAACCUAAUUGCUGUUAGAUCACUAAAUGAUCAGCUCAUGUUUCUAGAAAGGGCUUUCAUCGAUCCUCUUGGAUUACCUGGCAGGCCAUUCUAUAGACAUGUUAUCUUUGCUCCAAGCAGCCACAACAAGUAUGCAGGAGAAUCAUUCCCAGGGAUCUAUGAUGCCAUGUUUGACAUUAAAAACAAAGCUGAUCAACAUGAAGCCUGGAAAGAAGUUGAGAGGCAGAUUUCCAUUGCAGCCUUCACUGUACAGGCAGCAGCAGAAACACUUAAAGAA